UUACGCAUGAUUGUGACAUGGAGAAGAGUGGGAGAAUAAAAGACUGAUAAAAUCUCACAAGAAUAUCAUAAAAAAUGAUAGUGAUUUAGUGGUUUUCAUGACGUGCAGAUCUUCUGUGAAAAAUUAUGGAGAAAUUGGAAGAUCCAAACUUCACGGAAGUGAAGAUUCCCGUGCCUUGGGGCCAUGUAGCUGGGAAAUGGUAUGGUCCAGCAGAUGUCAAACCAAUUCUCAUGAUUCACGGAUGGUUGGACAACGCAGGAUCAUAUGAUACCUUAAUACCACUCCUGCCUAAAGAUGGCAUUAGCUACUUAGCAAUUGACCUGCCUGGACAUGGAUUUUCAUCUCACAUUCCUGAGGGAAUGACCUACAGUCACUAUGACUAUGUGUGGCUCAUUCAUCGAAUCAGAAAGAUUUACAACUGGCCAAAGGUCUCCCUGAUUGGGCACUCUCUUGGAGCGAUAUUGUGCUUCCUAUAUGCUGGAAUAUUUCCUCAAAAUGUGGACAUGGUAAUCAAUCUAGACGGUAUGAUUCCCUUUACUAGUCCAGAAUUUGUGAUUGGUAUGCUGGAAGCAGGACUUGCAAAAACUUCGACAUUGAUAGCUCAUCAUAUGACACCAAAAUCCCAGCCAACAUAUUCUAAAGAAGAACUUGUAGAAAGGAUGAUUGCAAGUUCCUACAAUUCCCUUUCUCCUGAAGACUGUGAAUACUUAUUCAGACGAGGGAUCAAAAAAAGCUCCAGAGAACCUAAUAAAUUUACUCUAAGAAGCGAUGCCAGAGUGAAAAUGAUACAUAUAAUAUCCCUUUCUCAAGAGAACUAUCAUACAUUAGCGAGGGAAAUUAAAUGCCCAAUAUUAUACAUCAGUGCUGAUUCUAAGCGAAAUACUCCAAGAUCGAGAAAAUUCAAUGAGAAUCAGAAGACGAUAGAGGAAUUUAUGCAGAAGAAUACUCCUCUGUUUGAGUACCAGGAAGUAUCAGGGAAGCAUCAUGUCCACUUGACGCAUCCAGAACGAGUUUCUGGAACAAUGACCGAUUUUAUUCUCAAGUACAGGACACCAAAGAGUAAAAUUUAAUUCAGGGGAAAGGUGUGACACUUAAUUAGUUAGUUAAUUUGUAAUUGUUGUAUUUAAAAAAUGUGGUUGGAGAAAAUAAUAUAAAUGGUUUUUUGACAAAAUCGAA